AUGUUGGGACGGUCGUGGACUUGGGUGCAUUCCAUUUCGAUUGUGCUUGUUGGAUGUGCGCUUGCGAACCCAACUCAGCAUUCCGCACAGUCGGAUCGCUCGACGAUACCGGAUGCAAUAUGUCCUCCGAAGAACUCAUGGGAGGUUGAGGCUGAGCUUUUCCAAACUCCUAUCUGUCCGGAACAUCGGUGGGGACGCCAUCUGAUUCUGACUGCGACGUCCGAAGCUGGAGCCACACAUGUGGUAGAAUCUAUUGCGUUUACAGAGACGGUAGAGGCGAUUCCAGGACAGGCGGAACCAGAGCAGGAUACAGAUUCGCUGCUUGACAGCGCGAGUUUUCUUUCAUUUGAGGAUUGGAAGAAGCAGAAUCUUGCGAAUGCGGGCCAAUCUGCUGAGAAUGUCGGAGCGAGUAGACGGGCUGCAGCGGCCGGGAAAGAGGGUCGAAGGCAGCCUGGGAUCAAUAACGCGCUGGACUCAUUAGGGGAUGAUGGGGAGAUUGAAUUGGAUUUUGGUGGGUUUGGGGCUGAGACGCCCGAGGCGAGUCCUACAGCUUGGGGUACCCCCAUUUCGUCACAGUAUGUUGAUGGAGGAGAGGAUGGUGGAGAUGAACGUGCUCCGGUUAUCAAGAAAGAUAUUCGGCGUCGUAAGGAUGCUGGGACGACGUGCAAGGAGCGCUUCAACUAUGCGUCGUUUGAUUGUGCGGCGACGGUGCUCAAGACGAAUCCGGAGUGCAAGGGCUCUUCUUCUGUGCUGGUGGAGAAUAAGGACAGUUACAUGCUGAAUGAGUGUCGUGCCCUGAACAAGUUUCUGAUUCUGGAACUGUGCGAUGACAUUCUCGUCGAUACAGUCGUUUUGGCGAACUAUGAAUUUUUUAGCUCGAUAUUCCACACUUUCAGGGUCAGCGUUUCGGAUCGCUAUCCCGCGAAACCCGACCAGUGGAAGGAGUUGGGCGUGUAUGAGGCCAGGAACACGCGUGAGGUACAGGCUUUCGCCGUGGAGAAUUCCCUCAUCUGGGCUCGCUACCUGCGGAUCGAGUUCUUAACGCACUAUGGUCAUGAGUUCUUCUGUCCUGUCAGUCUGAUUCGAGUGCAUGGAACUACCAUGAUGGAAGAGUAUAAACAUGAUGAGAGUGGCCGAGUCGACGACGAAGAGAUUGUGGAGCCAGUUCAGAUUGGCGAGCUUCCCGGAGCUACGCAGGCUGAGAACAUUCAGCCUCCAGUUGAAGAAGCUCCGAGCGAAGAGAGGCCUCAAGAGACUUGCCCUAAUAAUCUCACUCAAGUGGAAGUAAUCCUCCUUGGUCUGAUCCCUCAACCUGCAAAUACGUGUGGUAUCAAUGAUAUCCCAGCGAAGCUUACCCCAAAAAGAACGGCUACCAAGGCUCAGCCGGAUUCGCCGCCAACCGUGAAUACCACAUACACAACCGGAGACAACAUUUCUGAAACUCAAUCUGGAUCAUCCACCCCACCCAAAGCCGAAAAUACUCGGAAGCCAGGCGAAUCGCCAAAAGCCGUGGCAACGACACCGGACGCUUCAAUUGCCCCGGGAGAAACUGUACAGCAAGACUCCGCCGUUGAAAACACGAGUCAACCGGCGACGAAACCUAAGGAGGAACCAAAUAGUCUACCCCCCAGAGGCAACUCGACCUACAUCUACCCAACCGCCACCUUCAAACCCGACAACCCAAGAGUCCUUCUUCAAAUCCAGCAGUCCCGAAUCCUUCGGGAUGCUUUCAACAAGGUUGAGAAACGACAGCUCUCAAAGACUUCCAAGUUUCUCGAGAACCUGAAUGUCACCGUCCUCAACGAGCUGAAGGAGUUCCGAGAACAAUACGACCAUGUCUGGAAAUCCGUUGCCUUUGAAUUUGAGCACCAGCGCAUGCGCUAUCAGCAAGAGGUGACCUCUAUCAGUUCUCAACUGGGUGUGUUAGCCGAUGAGCUGGUCUUCCAGAAACGUGUGACAGUCAUCCAGAGCAUUAUGGUCUUAUGCUGCUUUGCGCUAGUACUGUUCUCGCGAGGGUCCGUCAGCACCUACAUGGAGUUCCCACGCGUCCAGCGAAUGGUCACCCGAUCCUACAGCCUACCAUCCUCAUCGCCAAUCUUCACCUCACCCUCAGCCAGCCCCGCAUCCGCACGACCAGCCUCUCCGCACCAUGAAAGUGGCCACCGGCGGAAUCUUUCAGACAGCUCCUCGUCCCAAGACAGUCCGACCAGCCCGAGAGUGCAAUACAUUCCGCCGACUCCGACAUCCGAUGUCUCGCGGGAGGCUGAAAUGGAGGAUGAAAAAGUCGACCGGCCAGCUUCCCCUGACUCAAUGACUGUGCCCACACUCGGGACACCUCCACUCCGGUCCCGUAGCACUCCGCCCGCCUUCCUGGGUAGUCAUAUGACAGAUCUGGAUCUAGAAGGGGCUGUCGAGAACAAGACUUUCCUGGAACCCGAAUCCCCCGAAGCUGACGAUCGACCCACCGCCUUAUAA